UAGCCACGAGGUGUCGCCUGUGUCUGGUGUUGAACAGUAACACACGAUCGGGGUCUGUGAACGCACCCCGAGCAUCAGUUAAUCAGCAGCUCACCUGUGAGACUCUGCUGUAGCUCUCACACCAGCCUCUGCUGCUUCUUCCUAAAACUCGUUACCCAGCUAAGAAAACAAGUCGAAUUAAUCUUUUGUUUUAGAAUUUCACCUCUUUUGCUUGUUAAAACAGCUGAAAUAUGCAGCAGCCUUCAGGAGCACAGAGCACAGAGUCAGAUCCCUCAGAUCAGUACUCAAAGAGACGCUGCACAGCGAUGUGGUGCACCGCAGCUUUACACGCUCUGUCCGUCAUCAUCCUGCUGAUCGGCCUCAUGGCUGCUACCCGCACUGGAAAUGUGGCGGUGGCCGGUUACUACUCGGGCAUCAUACUGAGCUUUGGAACGUUCUUGGGCAUCGUCGGGCUCAAUGUGGUGGAGAACCGAAGACCUAUGUUGGUUGCCGCCAUCAUUUUCAUCAGCCUGGGUGUGAUCUCCUGUUUCUUUUGCGCCAUCAUGGACGGCAUCGUCGCCGCCGAGUAUAUAGACCGGAGACCACUAAUGGAAGGAAGGUGCGAGUUUUAUGCCAGCAGCUCAGGCUAUGUGUAUGACAACUACUACAGCGAAGUUACGUGUCAGAACUAUAACCAAGAGUGCAAGCUGAAGGUGAAGACCAACACCUGUUACUGCUGUGAUUUAUACAGCUGUGAGAGCCCAGGAUACAGCGCACAUUACUAUGAGUUCACGGCCGUGAGUAGCUGCUGGGACGUGGUGCACCUGCACAGGCUGCUGUGGUCCGACGUGGUGCUCAACGUGCUAGGAGUUUUCCUGGGCAUCAUCACUGCUGCCAUACUGGGAGCCUUCAAGGACCUGGUUCCAGCCGUUCGGUCCCAGACGUCUCCGCGGGCCGCUCCUCCACCACACAUCCUCUAUAACCCCACGCAGCAUGUGGUCACUUACGCAGGAUUCUGCCCAUCCGGACAAACCCUGCCUGCUUACCCCAAUUAUCCAAUGCCCCUGCAGCACCUCAACAAUUACCCAGCAGCCAGUCCUCAGCCCAGCCCCGAUGUGCCCGUGUCUCCGUCAGAAGAGAGCCAGUCUCAGCCCAGCAAUAGCAACCCUGCAGCUCCAUCCCAGUCCAGCUGUCCAGACACCUCAGCCUACAUGCUCACUCCAAAUGCACCCUCGCUCUACCCACACUCCUUAGGGCCCUUUGAAAAGCCUCCACCCUAUGCAUGCUGAAAGGACUCCUCAUCCCUUGGAAAUAAAUGUUACAAACAGUCGUAAUCGCCUAACGUCGUCAGGAUUCCGUGUUAAAAUAAUGUAGAAUAAGAUUUGCUUUUUAAUGGAUAUUAUGAAGAAUAUGAAGCGAAAAAAAUCAUUAAUUAGAACUAAACUGUUUAAAUUCAAUUAAACUGUUCCUCCUAGUUGCCAGGGACAGGGCAGGAAUCCCCUGGAUAACAUCACAAGACCUUCUGGUAAAGACAUGAAGCCAAGUAUAAGUAACAAGUUCCCAUUUUAGUCAAUUAGCUGAUGUCAUAAUCCAAAGUCUUCCUACUGAGAUACUGAGAUUUAAACUGCUUGGCAAUGCUGAGAUUCACGCUCUCAAGCUUCUGAUCAUUAGCCCAAUGCCAUUAAUAUGGAGUCAUCCCUGCUUCUUCACCUCCCUUCUUCCCUUCUUCAUCUUUGUUGCUGAGUAAACACCCCCCCCCCCCCCAAACAUGUAGCAGACCCAGUACUUAAUGCUGCUUCCAUACUGAAGUAAGUUUCCUGCACUGUACCAUACAGCAUUUGCUGCUAGGCCCCAGCAACCUUAGCCAGAUCCCCUGCACUAGGGCUGGAGUCUCUAAGCACCGCCAGUAUGCGUCAGUACACCCUAAGGGCCUUUUUACCCCUGGUCACUUCAUGUGUUGUCUCUGAUCCCAUAGCUAUCUGAUUUGUUAAAACUGUUCCAUUUACAUCAGGCCACAUAAAUGCGUCUCGGCGAAUCGGAUAUCGAUCCGAUCUUUCUACUCCCGCCCAAAAUGCUAAUAUAUUUGACCUCAUUUCCGGGGUAAUUGAGAUGGAACACACUUUGGUGUAUGCGGUUUUCAGAAUGCAAUCAAAAAGAAGACGAGAGAACUUGUUACGACGGAUAUGUUACAAAAAAAAGCAUUUACUGUUUGCUGCAGUUUAAGACCCAACGAGACGCCUGGGUGAAAGAUCACGUGCGAGUGACGUACUUCCGUUUGGGAGGAGUAUAGCGCUGAUGUAUGUGGCUUGAACAACCACAUGCAUUUACACCUGUCCAGUUUCAUCUGAAAUGCGUCCCAGACCACCUCCUGAAGGGGUUUGAACGAUCGGAUUUAUAUCCGUCUCGAAAACGUUUCAGAGGACAUUUUAGAACUGGUCUUUUUACCAUCGGAUAGCUACCUGAUCACAGAAAACGAAAACACAUGCAUUGACCAGGUGUAAAAAGCCCCACAGUUUCUUAGUGAACUCAGAAACAAGCUCAGAAACCAGCCCCAUGUUAUCAGGCACGCUAACAUGUGCUGUGCUACAGCUCCUGUUGAGGAGGCUAAAACAUGUGAGCACUAGUACUGUUGCUCUUCACCAUGAGACAUUCAGAAUUAGUUGUCGUAUGUAGAGAUAACUGGUUAAAGGCAUGCAGUCAUUUCAUCGAGAGGGGCAAUAAACCCCAAGUUCUAUCUUACUGGUCACCCUAAAGGAAAGUUUCCACUUGGUAAUGAAACCCUAUUGGGGAGUCACCAAGGACCUGUACUGUAUAUCACUAGCUGUAGUGUACCACAGUAAGAGUGUGGCCAUGUGAUGUGACAUCAUCGAGGUGGCACGAGGUCAGACAGCUUCUUCACCUUACAGAUCAGCUCUUCAAGUGUUCUCCAUGGUUAGCCUUAUUAAGAGGGGCUUCUGUACAAUAGUAAAGCAGACACUUUCUCCAGGUCCAUGAGCACAUUUCUAGUUACUGAAGUUGUUAUUCAGGUGACUCCAUCACUCCUGAUGAUUAGAAGGCAUGAAACUGAAAGCGUGAUGUCUAUUUGACUGUCUUUGGCUUCUUAUCUUUCAGAAACAAAAAAAAUGACCCUGUAAGUAAUUUCAAGGGCAGGAUGGCUGCAUGUCAGUGGUAUUUAUUGCAUUUACUCUUAUGCAUCUCUUUGUGACUUUGUUAGGUCUGAGUACGAGUGUUUACCCACGUAACAAGGUGACACGCGCUGUCCUUACGAACGGUGUCUUAACCCGGUAUUACCAUGCUGCACUACAGAAUCUUCAGACCAAAGAAUGCUUGGCUGCUCUACACAAUAUAGAGCACAAACACAGUCUUAUUACAACCACCUUUGUUUGUUUGUUUGUUUAUUUAUUUAUUUAACAGCACUCAGCCUCGUUAGACAGAAGAGACUGAAGGUUUCCCCAGUACUAAAUGCACCGAGGACUAACAUAAGAGAAUUAUAAAAACAAAAUGUCAAAUACAAUACAGGUGAUUAAAAAAAAACAAAUACAUAAACAAUGACUUUGAGCACCUACUCAGCCUCUGGUGGCAUACGAAGGCCUUUUAUUCUAGAAGGAAAGGUAGCAGAAUGUCUUUGUCUUUUGUUUAAAAAGCAUUGUACAGUCACGUAUUUACAUAUACACUAUGUUACAUCUCUCUCACUCUCUCUCUCUCUCAGUAGCUUGUGUUGUGGCGCAGUGCUUUUUCAGAUGUCUAAUGCAAGUGUACACCUAUUUCUCAAUGAGUAUAAUAUAAAUUAUACACCUUACAGUGUCUGUGAUUGAGUGUGUAUA